UUCAAAAGUAACCAGUUUAGUCCUAUGUUAGUAAAAAUUUUAUUACAGAAGCCUUCAAAUAACUUUUAAAAUUGAUAGUGAUGUGAUAAUGUAAUAGCUUAAUGGUCAUUGGUCAUUAUCCCCAAACCUGAUGAUCUUGUGGUUAUUGGAACUAAACAUUUCCAGUACAUGGCCACAUGAAUAGGAUUAGAAGAUAAUCUAUUCAGUGAAUCAAAAUGAUCCCUACGACAUUUAAUCCGAAAUUAUGGAAUGUGAUUUAUUUGGGGUUCUGCUUUAUGGUACUAUUUACAGCAGAUUACACAGUUACAAAUAUGCAGAAAACUUUAAUAACAAGCAUCCACGAGGAGAGGCCGGAGUUCUUGGUGGAUGGUUACACGAGUCUUGGCAUCACAUACACAGUAUUUGCUCUGAGUUUGUGGCUCGGUCCCUCUAUGGUGAGCCUGACCGGCCCUCGAUACGGCAUGGCCCUAGCUGCUCUUGGUUACACGAUAUACAUAUUUGCAUUUAACCUGGAGGCAGCUUGGGCAAUCUACGCAGUGACUGUGAUCGGAGGUGUGUCGGGCGGAUUAUUAUGGACUGCGGAGGGAAAUUAUCUUGUGCUUAACUCGGACUCCUCCAACAUCUCACGAAAUGUUGGCAUAUUCUGGGUAUUCCUCCAAUCAUCAUCCCUCUGCGGAAACAUUUUUACAUUCAUCAAGUUUGAAGGGAAAAGCAGAAUUGAUGGUGACACUCGGAGACAAGUUAUUUGGGUGUUGGGAGGUGUUGCUGCUGCAUCUAUUUUGGCAUUCCUCUUAAUGCGAGAUAUCAAAACAAAACCAAACAAAGGAGAAGUACAGGAACGGAAAGGGUUUCUUAACGAAUUGAAGAAAACGUGGAAUCUAUUCAUAACAAAAGAGAUUCUCAUACUCAAUAUCACAUUCUGCUUCACUGGUAUGCAGCAUGCUUUCACAUAUGGAGUAAUAAGUCCAAGCGUUGGGUUCACAACAGCUUUUGGAAACCAAUCCAAACAGCUAGUAGCACUCUCUGGAAUAUGUAUAGCCAUUGGGGAGGUAUCUGGUGGUGUGUGUCAAGUGCUGCUCAACCGAGUGUUUGUCCGCUGCAAGCUCGGAAGAAGUGCAGUAAUCGUGUUCGGCUUCCUCGUCCAACUACUCUCAUUCUCUCUUAUCUUCAUCAACUUGCCGAACAGCGCAAGUUAUGGAGAGAGUUAUGAGGAAGCGAUCAUCCAUCCAAGUGCCGCUGUUGCAAUGCUGUGCAGCUUCAUGCUAGGGCUGAGUGACAGUUGUCUCAACACUCAAAACUUCUCUAUUCUGGCUGUGCUUUUCCCACUGGAUAGUGCACAGUCUUGUGCGCUCUAUAAGUUUAUCAAGAGUUUCCUAGUGGGAAUCGGUUUCUUCGUAUCAAGCCACAUUGGUCUCCACACGCAGCUGAUGAUCCUAGCCCCUGCAGGAGCUGUCAGUACGCUUGCAUUCAUGUACGUUGACAGAUACGCUACCAAGGCCAAGUGGGCCAAUGAAGACUGGGACUCAGCAGACGAAGAUCAUACGGGGAACAUGACUAAAUUGUAGACCAUAAGCUGUUAUGUUAGCUGGAUGUUCUUACUACAAUGCUC